CGUUUCCUUUCUUUUCGGUUGAUUGGAUGGCUAAGGGAUUGCCCUCUUUCUUCCCCACCAUUCUCUUUCUUUCUCUUUUCUUCCAACUCCUUCCUCUUCCUCCUCUGCUUCCCCUCUCCCAACUCUUGCGUUCCAAUAUAUCCCUACCCCGAACCUUCUAGAAUCUUUGAAUCCUUGAACCUACCGCACGUCUGCCUCUCGUCUCUUCAGAAACUUUCCUAAUUGUCUUGUGGAAGAAAAUAAAUUCAUCUAGAGAUCUCCGUUCAUUUUUCCUUUUUCUGGGGGGUUUUCGAAAAAAGAGGGGGCUUGGCUUGACUUGAGAUCCGUGGAGCGAUCGGCGCUAGGGGCGAUGGCUCCUCCUCCGGCGGUGGAGGGGGAACAGCCGGCGGCGGCAACGGUGGCGGCGGACGGGCAGAGGUCGAUGCCCACGCCGUUCCUGACGAAGACGUACCAGCUUGUCGACGAUCCUGCCAUCGAUGAUGUGAUCUCGUGGAACGAGGAUGGGACCACCUUCAUCGUCUGGCGCCCCGCCGAAUUCGCCCGCGAUCUUCUUCCCAAGUACUUCAAACACAACAAUUUCUCCAGCUUCGUCCGCCAGCUCAAUACCUACGGAUUCCGCAAGAUGGUGCCGGAUAGAUGGGAGUUCGCGAACGAGUGCUUUAGAAGAGGAGAGAAGCGGCUUUUGUGCGACAUCCAUCGCCGUAAGAUCACUCCGGCGGCAGUCCAGGCAGCGAUUCCCGUAGCGGUCCCGGCGAACCGGGGCGGAUCGCCGGGGAACUCAGGCGACGAGCAGGUCCUCUCCUCAAACUCCUCCCCUGGAGGGGGGCAGCAGCCGCCCGCGGCGGGAGCGGGACGGGCGCCGCCGCCGGGGUGCAGCGGCGCGGCGGAGUUGAUGGAAGAGAACGAGCGGCUUCGGAGGGAGAACAUGCAGCUCUCGCACGAGCUUGGGCAGAUGAAAAAUCUCUGCAACAACAUCUUCCUCCUCAUGUCCAAGUACGCCUCCAGCCAGCAGCAGGGCUGUGCCACCGCCUCCGCCGCUAGUGGUGGGCCGCCGCUGGAGGUGGCUCCGCCCCUAGACCUGAUGCCGUUGAUGCGGUCGCCGGAAGCGGAGCGAGUGAACGCGGAGGAGGGACCCAGCACGAGGCUCUUUGGCGUCCCGAUCCGACUGAAGCGAUCCCUGUGUGACGACCCUGAGGAGGCGGACACGUCGGGCCCGGAGGUGAAACCUGAGCCGUUGGAUCCGGGGGCCGAUCCGCAGGACUCGUCGACGGACCACCGCCGGUGGCUCCUCUGCUGUCCUCCACCGAACCAGCGGGUGUGCAAUGGAUAGCCGGAGCACGUGAUCCGAGGACUUCGUCACAAGCCCAGAGAACCUCCUAGAAUUUGAUUUCUUUUUUUUUUUCCUUUUUUUUUUUUCUUGGUGUAGAAUUAUCAUCCGAACUUUCUUGGAAAGAAACAAGAAAGAAGAGCACUUUCCGCACUUAAUCAAGAACGCGGUAAAUUCUGCUGUUGCUGACGCGCUGAUGGAACGGAAAAGGCCAUUUCUUUGGCAUCUGAUCAAAAAGAUUCUUCUCUCUCUUUGUGAUGACUCGACAAAGGUAAGUUUACUCGCAGGAGACUCCAGAAAAAGUUUAAUAUUGUGGAGAUUCUUCUAGCGAUCCUAUCGUAUCUUCUUUUUCUGGGACAAAUUGUAGCUUGUUGUGCUUGAUUAGGGUAGGCAAUCAUCUGAUCAAGAGAGGUUAAGGGAAUGCCGGUGCUGUGAUUGUGGAAAUUGGAGGAGCAUGGGCCCAUCCACCGUGCAACCAAGAAAGCAUUAAAAAAAUAUAGGAUUGGAGCUUCAUGGGACAUUCCAGGACGUGGGAUGUCCGGCUUCUCUUGGUA